AUGGCGGCGUCGGAUGGGAGUGAGUAUUUCGCGGUGGAUGUGGAGGCGCAGGUGGAUAAUUUCCCGAGGCAGUCAAACGCGGAGUCGGUUGCGCAGGAUGAGGAGGAGCUGAUGUGGGCGGCGUUGGAGCGAUUGCCGUCUCGGAAGCGGCAGAACUUCGCGCUGUUGAAGCGCGCGCCUUCUCGGAUAACCGCCGACGACGAUGCUGCCGGCGGCGGCGCCAGGGAGAAGACUGAGGCCAUUGAUGUACGGAAGCUCAAUCGCGUCACUCGCGAACUAGUCGUCAAGCAAGCCUUGGCGACUUCCGAACAGGAUAAUUACAAGCUCCUCGCCGCCAUUAAAGAGCGCCUCGACCGAGUGGGGUUGGACGUACCAAAAGUUGAAGUUCGAUACCAGAAUGUGACGAUAAAAGCAGAUGUAAAAAUUGGUUCAAGAGCUUUGCCAACCUUAAUCAAUUCUGUUCGUAACACAUUCUCGACUAUAUUUACUGGAUUGAGAGUCUACCGACCAAAGAGACACAAUCUAACCAUCUUGAACAACAUAAGUGGUUCUAUCAAACCAGGAAGGAUGACUCUGCUUCUGGGUCCUCCAGGUUCUGGGAAGACAACAUUACUUCGGGUUCUAACUGGCAAACUUGAGAGUGGCUUAAAGAAAAGUGGGACUAUUACAUACAAUGGCCAGGGGCUUGAUAGCUUUUGUGUGCAAAGAACCUCUGCUUACAUAAGUCAGACAGAUAAUCACAUUGCUGAACUAACUGUACGAGAAACUCUAGACUUUGCUGCUAGAUGCCAGGGUGCAGACCAGGGUUUAGGAGGAUAUAUGAAAGAUCUAACACAUCUAGAGAAGGAAAGAAAUAUACACCCAAGUUCUCAGAUUGAUGCAUUUAUGAAGGCAUCAUCUGUUGGCAGUAGAAAACAUAAUGUGACUACAGAAUAUAUCUUGAAAGUCCUUGGUCUCGAUAUAUGUUCAGACACAAUGGUUGGUAACGACAUGCUUAGGGGUGUUUCAGGUGGACAAAGAAAGAGAGUUACAACAGGAGAAAUGAUUGUUGGGCCUAGGAAGACUCUGUUUAUGGAUGAAAUAUCUACUGGACUUGAUAGCUCCACUACAUACCAAAUUGUGAAGUGCAUAAGGAAUUUUGUUCAUCUAAUGGAGGGAACAGUCUUAAUGGCUCUUCUUCAGCCAGCCCCAGAGACUUUUGAUCUGUUUGAUGAUCUGAUUUUGCUUUCAGAAGGAUAUGUAGUGUAUCACGGUCCACGAGUUAAUGUUGUUGAGUUCUUUGAGUCAUUAGGUUUUAAACUACCACCUCGUAAGGGAGUUGCAGAUUUUCUUCAGGAGGUGACUUCAAGGAAGGAUCAGGCGCAAUACUGGGGUGAUCAUUCAAAGCCCUAUGCGUUUAUUCCAGUUUCAGAAAUGGCUGAAGCAUUUAGAACUUCCAGAUAUGGUCAGGCCUUGGAGUCCUCUCUUUCUGUUCCUUAUGAAAGAACCAACACCAAUCCUUCAGCUCUAUGCACUAAAAAGUAUGCAGUGUCCAACUUAGAGCUCUUUAAAGCAUGCUUUACCAGAGAACUGCUUCUAAUUAAAAGGCACAGUUUUCUUUAUAUUUUUAGAACUUGUCAGGUUGCAUUUGUUGGAUUUGUGACAUGUACAAUGUUUCUAAGAACCCGGUUACAUCCUACUGAUCUGGUUCAGGCGAACUUGUACCUUUCUUGUCUGUUUUACGGCCUGGUGCAUAUGAUGUUUAAUGGAUUUUCAGAGCUGCCUAUUACAAUUUUCCGACUACCAGUGUUCUACAAGCAAAGAGAUAACCUCUUUUAUCCUGCGUGGGCAUGGUCCAUCUCUAGCUGGGUUACACGUAUACCUUACUCAAUAAUUGAAGCAAUUAUAUGGUCUUGUGUUGUCUACUAUUCUGUAGGAUUUGCACCUGGUGCUGGAAGGUUUUUCCGUUAUAUGUUGGUCCUCUUUUCCAUACAUCAAAUGGCACUGGGUCUCUUUCGCUCGAUGGCAGCUAUUUCGCGAGAUAUAGUCAUUUCUAAUACAUUUGGGUCAGCUGCGCUGCUAGUUAUAUUAUUAAUGGGAGGGUUUAUAAUGCCGAAAGAAAUGAUAAAGCCAUGGUGGAUCUGGGCCUUUUGGGUAUCACCAUUGUCCUAUGGGCAACGGGCCAUAUCUGUCAACGAAUUCACUGCAACAAGAUGGAAUGAGAGGAAAACUUCUGGAAAUGUUACUCUUGGAAUCAGCCUUCUGCAUUCACACAGCUUACCCAUCAGUGGCAAUUGGUAUUGGCUGGGAGUUGGUGUUCUAUUGCUCUAUGCUUUGUUUUUCAACAUUAUAGUCAUUCUGGCAUUGACAUUCCUCAAUCCAAUCAGAAAAUCUCAGGCAUUUAUAAAAGAAAGCUCGGCUAAUGAUGGAAAUCACAACAAUUCAAAUUCAGUCUCCAGCAGGGAUGCAAGUAGAAGGAAAGGGAUGAUCCUCCCAUUUCAACCAUUAACAAUGACUUUCUAUAACGUCAACUACUUUGUUGACAUGCCAAAGGAAAUGGCUUCGCAAGGUGUAACAGAAAAGAAAUUGCAAUUACUGUCCAAUGUUAGUGGAGUUUUCUCACCAGGUGUUCUUACAGCAUUAGUCGGAGCAAGUGGAGCAGGAAAAACCACUUUGAUGGAUGUUUUAGCUGGUAGGAAAACUGGUGGCUGUAUAGAAGGUGACAUUAGGAUAUCGGGUCACCCUAAAGAACAACGCACUUUUGCAAGAGUUUCAGGAUAUGUCGAACAAAAUGAUAUACAUUCUCCUCAAGUUACAGUUUUUGAAUCUCUCUGGUUUUCUUCUUAUCUAAGGCUUCCCAAGGAAGUGACCCGAAAACAAACAAAGGAGUUUGUUGAAGAAGUAAUGGAAUUAGUGGAGCUUGACACUCUGAGGAAUGCUUUAGUAGGUUUGCCAGGUAGUAGCGGCUUGUCCACAGAACAAAGAAAACGUUUAACAAUUGCAGUGGAACUUGUGGCAAAUCCUUCCAUAAUUUUUAUGGAUGAACCUACGUCUGGGCUUGAUGCUCGUGCAGCAGCCAUUGUCAUGAGAACUGUUCGUAAUACUGUUGACACUGGAAGAACUGUUGUAUGCACUAUUCAUCAGCCUAGUAUUGAAAUUUUUGAAGCAUUUGAUGAGCUGCUACUUAUGAAACGAGGUGGACAAGUGAUAUAUGGGGGAAAGCUUGGACCGCAGUCACAAACUAUGAUAAACUACUUUCAGAGUAUGCCUGGCACUUCCCCAAUUUCUCCUGGUUACAACCCUGCAACAUGGAUGCUUGAGAUCACUACAGCUGCUGCUGAAGAAAGAAUAGGUCAUGACUUUGCAGAAUUAUAUAGAAAUUCUGAACAGUACAGGGAAGUAGAAGCUUCAAUUAAACGUCUCAGUGUUCCACCAGAGAACUCAGAGCCUUUGAAGUUUAAGUCAGACUAUUCUCAAGAUAUAUUUUCUCAAUUUAGAAUCUGUCUCUGGAAGAAAAAUAUUAUAUACUGGAGAAGUCCAUCCUACAAUGCAGUGAGGAUAUGUUUUACUAUAAUAACUGCACUCAUUGUUGGCUCUGUAUUCUGGAAUAUUGGUUCAAGAAGGGACUCAACUAAGGACUUAAUGGUGAUAAUGGGAGCUCUGUAUUCAACUGCCUUGUUUCUUGGGGUCAACAGUGCCUCGUCUGUACAACCAAUGGUUUCCAUAGAGAGAACAGUUUUCUACAGAGAAAAAGCAGCUGGAAUGUAUUCAUCUUUCCCAUAUGCAGCAGCUCAGGGCCUUAUUGAGAUCCCGUAUAUUAUGCUGCAGACAGUAAUAUAUGGUACCAUUACAUAUUUCACAAUCAAUUUUGAAAGGACCGCAGGGAAAUUUUUCCUCUAUCUUUUGUUCAUGUUCCUUACUUUCACCAACUUCACAUUUUAUGGAAUGAUGGCAGUUGGCCUCACAUCAAACCAGCAGACAGCUGCAGUCCUUUCCUCUGCAUUCUACUCAUUGUGGAAUCUCCUGUCUGGCUUUCUUGUUCCCAAACCUAGCAUUCCAAGGUGGUGGAUAUGGUUCUACUAUAUCUGCCCAUAUGCAUGGACUCUACGGGGAAUCAUUUCGUCUCAACUUGGAGACGUAGAAACGAUAACAGUAGGACCGGGGUUUAAAGGGCCGGUGAAAGAGUUUUUACGAGUUACCCUUGGCUUUGGACCGGGGAUGAUCGGGUGGACAGCUCUAGUGCUUGUUGGAUUCAGCGUUCUCUUCUUCUCUGUAUUUGCUGCAUCAGUCAAGUUCCUUAAUUUCCAAAGGAGAUGAUGAAGGUUAGUAGAUAGUAGAUAGGGUUUUCUUCUCUAUGGCAAUAUGGCUGCUCCUUUCAACACUAAAAACCAGGAGAUUAGGAAAGACUUAUACUAAGUGAAUAGAAA